AUGAGUAAACAAUUUAGACUAUUCAACACCUCACUACUUAGAGACUCAAAGAAUGUAGUCGUAGGAACAUCGCCAUCCACCACUGCCACCAACAACACUCAUCAAUACAAUAUACGUGUUCUCAACUCGUUGAAGAUAUCAAACUAUAUAAAGUGGCAGAACCAACGAUCACUCUGCAACACCACCAACAACAUUAACUUCAAGAGACACUUUAACAACACCAACACCAACAACAACACAUUUACAUCAAAGCGCAUCAUUGACUCUGCCACCGAACGCCAACGAGGUUACCGAUUCUUUUCCUCGUCUUUUACCCAACAACAACAACAACAACAACACAACUAUCAUCACUAUCGCUUCAACAACAGUAACAACGGUUUCCGAUUUAACAGUGGAAAGCAACAACAACAACAAAGUAAUAAUAACAACUCCAAUAACAACAAUAACUCAAACAAGUCAAAGACUCACCUCGGUGUGUUGCUCUCCCCAACUCUACUAGCGUCCAACCAUCAGUUGCUCUCUGAGAUUGAAUGCGUCAACGACCCAACCGCUGUUACCACUGCUGCCAACGCCUCCCUCUUCAAAGGACUCUUUGCUGGUGCCUUUGAGAAGGUCUCUGUCAACAACACCUCCUCCAGUGACGCUGUCUUGGAGGCCAAUGAGGACAGUGAGGACUUGCCAUCAGCCAACGAAACCAAAUGCCAAGAGGCAGAGGAGGCCACCACUGAGGAGGACGAUAAUGCCGCCACCACCGACAGCAAGCAAGAGCUGCUAGCAAUGUCUGCACUGCAAUCACCAGGUACCCGCUUCAGUGACCAGGCCACCAAUGCCCUCGACUCUAGCAACGAAGAGAGUAACGCAUCUUCGUCUCACGGCCUCCACUUUGACUCGGGUAUCUGUGUAAUCCCCCACCCAAACAAACGACACAAGGGUGGUGAGGACGCUAACUUUAUCAGCAACGACCGCAAGGUACUUGGUGUGGCCGACGGUGUUGGAGGAUGGGGCGACGUUGGAGUCGAUCCAAGCCUCUACUCAAACAACCUAAUGGAGGGAUCCAAGUUGGCCACUAACGACACGAGUGCCAAUCGCCAUCCAGUGGACAUCAUGGAGAAGGGAUAUAUCUACUCUCAGGACAUCAAGGGAAGCAGCACAUGUUGCAUCGUAGUGCUCGAGGACGACAUGCUCACCUCUGCCAACCUGGGUGACAGUGGCUAUCUCGUCAUCCGUGGCGUAGACAUCAUCUUUAGAACUCGUGAGCAGCAGCACGCCUUCAACAUGCCCUUCCAGUUGGGUACCCAGUCAAUUGACCGUCCCACCCACUCUGUCGUGACGGCACUUACCGUGGAGGAGGGAGAUAUAAUUGUCGUGGGCACCGACGGUGUCUUUGACAACCUAUUCGACGACGAGAUUUGCCGCAUCGCCAUCAAGUACCGUGACAGCCCAAAGAGACUGGCCAGGAUGAUCGCGGCACGUGCCUACGAGGUAGCAAAGUCUACCACAGCCUUCACACCGUUUGCCAAGAACGCUGGACUCAACGGAUAUUUCUAUAACGGAGGAAAGUUGGACGACAUCACAGUGAUUGCUGCUGUUGUCUCCACUGGUCCCACCAAGCCAUUGGUAUCUGACAUCAUCCUUGAUGAUGAUGAACUCUUGUUCUCCGACAACGAAGAGUGUCAAUAA